AUGGCACCAGUUGCUGUGUCUCCCGAAGCCCCCGUCUUCAACUCCAAACGUGACGGACAGGCUCUCGAGGAGCUGUCAGACGCCAUUGACACUGUCAAUGUGCUUAAGGGGACCAUGAAGCAAGAGAAAGGUUUAUACGAUGAAACCGAAUUCGACAAGGACAAAGACAAGACUCAGUUCCGUCAAUAUGAAGAAGCUUGCGACCGGGUCAAGAACUUCUAUAAGGAACAGCACACCAAGCAAACGGUGGCGUACAACCUCAAGGCCCGAAACGAGUUCCACUCCAAGACGCGCGCAGAGAUGACCGUCUGGGAAGCCAUCGAGAAACUCAACACUCUCAUCGACGAGUCCGACCCGGACACCAGCCUCUCCCAGAUCGAACAUCUCCUGCAAUCCGCCGAAGCUAUCCGCCGCGAUGGCAAGCCCCGCUGGAUGCAACUGACCGGUCUCAUCCACGACCUGGGCAAGUUGCUCUACUUCUUCGGUGCCCAGGGCCAAUGGGACGUAGUGGGGGAUACCUUCCCCGUGGGCUUGGGGUUCGAUGACCGGAUCAUCUACGGCACCGACUCGUUCAAGGAUAACGAAGAUUUUAACCAUCCCAUCUACAGCUCCAAAUUCGGCAUCUACAGUCCCGGCUGCGGCCUGGACAACGUGAUGCUCUCCUGGGGCCACGAUGAGUACCUUUACCACGUUGUGAAGGACCAGUCCACCCUCCCGGACGAGGCCCUGGCCAUGAUCCGUUACCACUCGUUCUACCCCUGGCACAACGCCGGCGCGUACCACGAACUCAUGAACGACCAUGACAAGGAGAUGCUGAAAGCCGUGAAGGCUUUCAACCCGUAUGAUUUGUACAGUAAGAGUGACGACGUGCCAACCGUCGAGGAAUUAAAACCAUACUACCUCGAACUAAUUGAUGAAUUCUUCCCUAACAAGGUUAUCAAGUGGUAG